AUGUCAAUGUCUUGGAACGAGUCGACUCGGUCCCAAAGUCCCACUCGACCCACGUACCUUCCACCCCACCUCCGCUAUCAGCCCCCCAUAACCGACUCCAUUUCCUCAUCGCCUUACCGUCCGCCUCGACUUGGCUGGGGACUGGGACAUGGGCGCGGUUCUCGAAGUAGAGGGCCAAACCAGGACCGAUCAUGGGGCGGAGGGAGCCGAGGACGUUGGCGGUUCAGGGAAACCUUCUCCGACCCUGGCCCGGGUCCAUAUCCGUACUCUCAGUCUCAGGCACAGCCAUUCCGGUCUUCCGAGAGUUUUGAUGAGCUCGAGGUCGUAGAAGAAGGUCUUUCAAACGUCAACCUCGACGCUUACGACGACACGCCGGUGGAGACCAGUGGCUUUGACAUUCCGUCUCCGGUGUGGACUAGUGGGGUUGACGUCCCCCCUAGCAUGAACUCGUUUGCCGAUGUUCAUUUUAGCGCCGCGCUCAUGGAGAACAUCAAGCGCUGCAACUAUGUGAAGCCGACGCCCAUACAGCGCUACGCAAUUCCGGUAGCCAUGGCCGGACGAGACCUCAUGGCCUGUGCUCAGACUGGGUCCGGCAAAACAGCCGCCUUCUGCUUCCCAAUCAUUAGUGGGGUAUUGAAAGAACACGCUAAAACCCCCGCACAAAUCCUGGUUGAAGGUAGGGGUUUGAACUUGAAUAUGGCCUGUCCUUUGGCCCUCAUCCUUGCCCCUACCAGAGAGCUGUCUUGUCAGAUACAUGAUGAAGCUAUGAAGUUUGCGUACAAGACAGGGGUGAAGAUUGUGGUGGCAUACGGAGGAGCACCAUUUGUUCAGCAGUUUCAUAAUCUGGAAAGGGGUGUUGACAUCCUAGUUGCCACUCCUGGGCGCCUGGUUGAUAUGAUAGAACGAGCUAGAGUGUCACUUAGGAAUGUGAAGUUCUUGGCUCUUGAUGAGGCUGAUAGGAUGCUGGAUAUGGGGUUCGAACCCCAACUUCGGAGAAUUGUCCAGCAAAUGGAAAUGCCACGUGCAGGUGUCAGGCAGACUAUGCUUUUCAGUGCAACAUUCCCUAAUGAAAUAGAAAAGCUUGCUUCAGACUUUUUAUCGAACUACAUAUUUCUAUCUGCUGGAAAAGUUGGAUCAAGCACUGAUCUUAUAACUCAAAAGGUGCAAUUUGUUGCUGACAUGGACAAGAAGAGUCGGUUGAUGAGCCUUCUUCUAUCUCAGAGAUCAAAUGACUCUCAAGGGAAGCCUAUUUUAACUUUGGUGUUUGUGGAGACUAAGAGAGUAGCUGAUGCUUUGCAGCAAUGGUUAUCCAUGAAAGGAUUUCCUUCCAUUGCUAUACAUGGUGACAAAGUUCAACUGGAAAGAGAACGAGCACUGAGAUCUUUUAGGACCGGAGUCACUCCAAUCCUGGUAGCUACAGGCGUGGCAGCUCGAGGCUUGGACAUUCCACAUGUUGCUCAUGUGAUAAAUUAUGAUCUGCCUAGAGGCAUAGACGAGUAUGUGCACAGGAUUGGCCGGACUGGACGUGCUGGUAAACCUGGAUUAGCCACUGCAUUUUUCAGUGAUAAAAAUGCGCCCCUGGCAAAGGCUCUUGUUGAGUUGAUGAUGAAGGCAAACCAAGAAAUUCCUUCCUGGCUUUCGGAAUAUGCUGAGACAUACAGCAGCAGCUUCACUCCUCGAGUAAACUGCAGCAGUGGCCUAAAGUUUGGCUGGCAUGAUCACAGGAGAGUUGCCCCUACUGAAUCACAAAGGCAGAGGAAUUUCUCAUCCAAGUACAUAGCUGCUGUGAAAGGUGGACCAGCUGCUGAGUUUAUUUCUCAAAAGACGCAAUUUAUUUCUGACAUGGACAAGAAGACUCAUCUGAUGAGCCUUCUUCGAUCUCAGAGAUCGAAUGGCUCUCAAAGAAAGCCUAUUUUAACUUUGGUGUUUGUGGAGACUAAGAGAGGAGCCGAUGCUUUGCAACUAUGGUUAUCCAUGAAAGGAUUUCCUUCCAUUGCUAUACAUGGUGACAAAGUACAACUGGAAAGAGAACGAGCACUGAGAUCAUUUAGGACCGGAGUCACACCAAUCCUGGUAGCAACAGAUGUGGCAGCUCGAGGCUUGGAUAUUCCGCAUGUUGCUCAUGUGAUAAAUUAUGACCUGCCUAGAGACAUAGAUGCCUAUGUGCAUAGGAUAGGCCGGACUGGACGUGCUGGUAAAUCUGGAUUAGCCACUGCAUUUUUCAGUGAUAAAAAUGUGCCCCUGGCAAAGGCUCUUGUUGAGGUGAUGGUGGAGGCAAACCAAGAAGUUCCUUCCUGGCUUUUGGAAUAUGCUGAGACAUACAGCAGUAGUGAAGGCUUCACUCCUGGAGUAAAGCGCAACAGUGGCUUAAAGUUUGGCGGGUCUGAUUACAGAAGAGGUGCUUCCAGUGGUAAUGAACGCUAUGACUAUCUGAACCAGAUUGCAGAUCCUAGAGAUGUGCAACCUUAUGGUGAUGGAGCCUCAAGCUUAUAUUCCUGCCGUUCCUCUUGUGCAGGUUACUAUAUUCCUUCAGCUAGUGAUGGUUUGUACAGCCACAUGUAUGGAUAUCACCCUUUCGAUGCUUGCUUAUCUGGUAUAGAUGUUAGUUCCUUGCCUUGCAAAGGAACAGCCACAAUGGCGGUCAUAUAUCCAGGAGGUAUACUGAUUGGGGGUGAUUCGCGAUACAACAGAAAGUACACCAAUUUUCCUGACUUCGUCCAGUAUGGUGAUUAUCCGUACAAAAUACACCAACUGCAUCCCUUCUUGAUGGCUACAGUAGCAGGGCUUUUAACAUUUGCAGCUGAUGCGAUAAUAAUGUUAGAAUCUAGGGCGGAUAACUACGCAAAGAGUCAUAAUUACAGCCCUAUGCCUGUGUUAACAGCAGCGCAGGAGCUGUUCAAGAUAAUACAAGAUGCUAUUAGGGCGGGACGUUUUGAGCGCGGUUCUGUGCACACUGAAUUUUUAGUGGCUGGAUUUGAAUGGGAUAAACCCAGUAUCUACAAGGUGGAUGAAUACAACAUUUAUCCGAGCCACAAGCAUGCUGAUAUUCAAGGCUUUCAAUGGGUUAACAGUGGUACUGGGGGAACAAUUCUUGAAGGAUACGUGGUUGAUAGAUGCAAGAGGACGGGACUGACGGAAGAAGUGCAUCUCACGGAGUCCAUCAUUCUAGGACUGUUGGCCACUACGCUUCAGGAUAAAGAUACAGGAAACACAGCUACAGUGCAGAAAAUAUCAGAGUAUGGAUGCAAACCCAUGUUUUACAGGUUGAGUCUCCCAAAGCUGUUGAAUGCAGGCGUAAAUCCUAAUAAUUUUCUGUAGCAGUAGCUUUGGUUUUGCUAAACCAAGUUGUGUUUGGAAUUGGGCUUUUUUGGUAAGUGUAGAGGAAGAGAGAGACUGAUUCCACCAACUUCUGUAACUAAGCCCUCUACUUUGCUUUUACCUAAGACUUCUUUCCUAGGUUUUCUGAUUUUACGAAGGUAAAGGAUGGAUUUAGCACUGAGAUUAAUUGUUUCCUAGAAUUUCUGAUUUACAGAGGUGUACCAAAUUAAGUGUGCCUCAAAAUGAGCUCAGGGGAAAUAUUUUUAUCAAGUUCCAUCCUUUAGGUUUGCCAAUUUGAGAUUGUACUGUCACAUCGAGAACGGGAUUAGAAGUCAAAUUCUCAAAUUAUACAGAUGAUCCCUCUAUUCCCCUA